GAAGUGUGUUGCCUCCUACAUCCCUAUCUGUGGCUCGAUAGAACGCACACGGAUAAUUUGAAUCGUCCAACUUCAUAGAGCUUGGUGUGUUCGAACAAGUCAGCUUCAACAUCUAUUGCUUCCUCUUUUAGACAGUUGUCAUGGUACCGGAGGAGGAGUAACCUGCGGAAGGAACGUCGACGACUUGUGUAGUACCAAGGGCUGUCUAUAGAGGGCACCACUAACCGAUGUGUCCUUAUAGCUGACUGGUACCGUUAAAUAGGGCCACCAUGCUCAUGACCAAAGUUGGAUUCUUUCUAUUGUUUUUCGUUAUCGAAUGGCUCUUCCGUCCUACAUCUGCUGAAGGAAACUACUCGCACAGACAGUACGUCAAAUAUUUGACACAUCCACCAAGAAUAGAAGAAUAUCCUCACGAUCAGACAGUUGCCAGUGGUGGCAUCGCUAGUUUCGUAUGCACAGCUGUCGGAAAUCCCAAACCACAGAUUGAAUGGAGGAGAAAUGGAAAGAGAGUAACUACUCAACGUUACGCCGUACAGGAUAUGCCAAAUGGAUCGGUUCUGAGAAUAGAACCCGUUCGACCUGGCAGAGAUAAUGCAACUUACGAGUGCGUAGCCGAAAAUGGAGUAGGAGAACCCGUAAGAGCCCUAGCAUCUCUUACUGUUUUACCAGAAGAUGCAUUGCCACCAGGAUUUCCAGAUUUUAAAACUCAUCCUUCAAUGCAAGGAGUAGAAAAGGGGCGAAAUGCUAUUCUUCCAUGUGAAAUUGAAGGUUAUCCAGAGCCAACUAUCAGAUGGUUAAAGGAUAUGAUACCUUUGGAUAUGACAAAUCCUAGAUAUUCUAUUGUUCAAAAAGCUUCUUUACAAAUUGUGGAUGCUCAAGAAGAAGAUCAAGGCAGCUAUGAAUGUGUUGGAGAAAAUAUUGCUGGUACAGCUUUUUCAAAUAUGGCAACUCUUUAUGUUAGAGUGCGUCGAGUUCCACCAUAUUUUUCAAUUCCACCUGAGCCCAUUUAUGAAGUUAUGCCUGGGACCAGCUUGAAUAUCACUUGUGUUGCUGUGGGUUCACCAAUGCCCUAUGUUAAAUGGCGUAAAGGAUCUGUAGAUAUUACACCUGAACAUUCUAUUCCAAUUGGGAAAAAUGUUAUAAUUCUUGAAAAUAUUAGAGAAUCUAUCAAUUAUACUUGUGUUGCUGCUUCAAAAUUAGGAAAUAUUGAACAAUUGACACAGAUUAUAGUUCAAGCUUUACCCAGACCACCAACUAAUGUCAGAAUAUCUGAUGUUACUGCUACUUCUGUCAGACUUUCCUGGUCAUAUGAUAUUGGUGUAGAAAAUAUUCAAUAUUAUGUUAUUCAGUAUAAACCAAAGCAAGCAAAUCAAGAAUAUAGUGAAAUAAGUGGAAUUACAACAAUGUUCUAUACUAUUCGUGAUCUUACUCCUUACACAGAAUAUGAAUUUUAUGUUAUUGCAGUAAAUGUAAUUGGUCGUGGAUCGCCCAGUACACCAGUUGUUGUUACUACAGGAGAAACAGUGGAAACUCCAGGAAGCACCAAACCAGGAAGUGCUCCCAGAAAUGUUCAAGCCAGACCUUUAAGUUCAAGCACAGUUGUUAUACAAUGGGAUUCACCAAAAGAACCAAAUGGACAAGUUACAGGUUACAAAGUGUUUUAUACUACACAGCCAAAUCUGCCAACUUCUGCUUGGAAUUCUCAAACAGUAGACAAUAAUCAUUUAACAACAAUAAGUGAUUUAACACCACGUACUAUUUACACAAUACGCAUUCAAGCUUUUACUAGUCGUGGUCCUGGACCACUUUCAGCUCCAGUACAAGUAAAAACACAACAAGGUGUUCCUAGUCAACCAAGUAAUCUUCGUGCUGUGGCUACAUCCUCAACUACAGUCCAGUUAACUUGGACUCAACCUUCACAUUCUGGUGAGAAAGUAAUUGGAUAUGAAUUAUAUUGGAAUGAUACAUUCACCCAACAUCAAUAUCAUAUAAGUAUUCCUGAUGUGGAGACUUAUAAAUUAAGUGACUUAUACCCAGACACAACUUACUAUGUUUGGGUUGCUGCCAAAUCUCUGCAAGGGGAGGGUGCAGCAACACCACCUGUACCUGUUAGAACAGAACAGUAUGUGCCCGGCGCCCCUCCCCAAGAUGUUACUGGCUCUGCUCUAGACUCCCGAUCCUUACGCAUCUCCUGGAAACCCCCUCCCCGUGAUCAACAGAAUGGUGCCAUCAUCAUCUAUAAGAUCAACUACCUCAAAGCUGAUGCUGGAGAUGAUUUGGCUCUCACCCAUGAAGUCGAGGUGGGUCCCAACGAAAGAUCAUAUGUCAUUGGUGGGCUGGAGAAAUGGACUGAGUAUCGCGUAUGGGUACUUGCAGGCACUUCUGUAGGUGAUGGCCCACCUUCUCCACCAAUUAUUGUCAAGACAGACGAAGAUGUUCCCGGAGAACCAAGGCAGGUAAAAGUAUCUGCUGUAAAUAGUACAUCAAUAAAUGUCAGAUGGAAACCACCUUCGAAUAAAGAUCGAAAUGGAUUAAUUCGUGGAUAUCAGAUUCAUGUACAAGAAGUGACCAAAGAGGGUGAUUUAGUAAAUGAACCUCGAAGAUAUGAUGUAGCUAAUGAGGAUGCUGAAGAAUAUAAUGUUACUGGACUACAGCCAGAUACAGAAUAUUCUAUACAAGUAGCUGCUGUUACUAGAAAAGGUGAUGGCACACGGAGCAGAGUGAAGACUGUUAGAACAUUGGGUGGUGUACCUACACGUCCAGAAUUAACAGUUCAGUUGAUGCAAGAUGAUCCAAAUGUAAUAGUUCAAGUUCAAUGGUCUAGACCAUCACAUGUGUAUGGUCCAUUAUUGAUGUAUAGACUUCGAUAUGGUCGAACUGAUAGAGAUGUUAGAGAGGAAACAGAAAUUAACCCAUUAGAUCAUCAUGCUACCAUUUCUGAUUUAGACCGUGGUGCAAAAUAUGAAUUUAGACUGGCAGGAAGAAAUAAUAUUGGAUGGGGACAAGAUGCUGUUGUUUUUCUUGAAACACCUGAAGGAGCUCCUACUGCUCCACCUCAAAAUUUCAGUUAUCGACUUCAAAGUCCAACAACAAUUGUGAUUACUUGGGGACCACCAUUAUUACAAUAUAGAAAUGGACAAAUAACUCAUUAUGGAUUACAUUUUCAUAAAUCAUCAGAUCAAUCUCCAAUUGAAUAUAAUACUACUGAAACACGAAAAGUUUAUAGUUCAUUGGAUGAAAACACAGAAUAUGUUUUUAGAGUCCGAGCUUACACAGCAAAAGGACCAGGACCUUGGAGCAACCGUUUAAACUUAAAUACUCCUGGUGAUGUACCACCAGCUCCGACAAAUGUUCAAGCAAUGGCAACAUCAGAACAGUCAGUAGAAGUUUGGUGGGAUGAAGUUCCUUACUUUCUUGAUAUAUUAGGCUAUCAGGUACUUUAUACCCAAGAAGCUGUUGAGGAUUUAGAUAAAUGGAGUAGUAAACAAGUACCAUUAACAUGGUCAGCAGAGCUGAUUGGUCUUGAAAGCCAUGCAGUUUAUGCUGUACGUGUUGCUGCAGUUACUCAGAUUGGACUGGGACGUCUGUCAGAACUCAUUACAGUUCGUGUAUCACCAACUGAUGUUCCAACUCAACUACGUGCUCAAGGUGUAACAACUCACACAAUGACUCUGUCAUGGAGAAGACCUACAAAAUUAGAUCCUAUUAAAUAUCAGAUUUCUUAUGGUGCUCAUAAAGAAUUUUUUGAUAGUCGUGGAACUUUGCAACAAUUACCAAUUCCACCUGAAGUUAUUGCUGUAGAUAAUGAUGUUACAGAAUUUACCAUAAAAACAUUAAUGCCAUUUACUAGUUAUGAAGUUAAUAUUACUGCCAUUCCUGCAGAUGAAAGUUUCAGACCGGCUGCUAAAAUUACUGUUACAACUUCAAUGGCUGCACCAAAACCUAUGGUGAAACCUGAUUCUUUUGGAGUUGUAAAUCUCAAAGAAAUCAAAGUUAUAUUGCCUCAAGCUUCUGAAGAAUAUGGUCCCAUUAGUCAUUAUUAUCUGGCUGUAGUUCCUUUGGAAUAUGUUACUAAAGAUCCUGAUCAUUAUACUAUAGAUGAGUUGACAGAAACUCCCCUGGAUCAGUCUGGUCCAUAUAUUGCAGCAAAAUUUUUACGUCAUAAUAUGCCCAAAGAAUUUAUUUUGGGUGAUGGAAAAGAAUAUAUGGGAUUUGUUAAUAGACUUUUGUUAUUAAGAGAAGAGUAUAAAAUAUUUGUGCGUGCUGUAGUUGAUACACCACAAAAAAGUUUAUAUACUAGUAGUCCAUUUUCUGAUAUUCUUAGUUUGAAUAUGUCACCAACAUCAGGUAGAGCCCCAGCUUCAGACUCAAGCUCUCCUGAUACACCUGAUGUAUCUCAUAUUGGUUACAGUACAAGUGAGGCUGGAAUUAUUUGGAUUAUAGGACCAAUUAUUGCAAUAAUUUUGAUUACAUUUUGUAUUGUUGUUUUGAUUAUUAUUAGAAGGAAUUUCCCUGCCUUCUCUAGACGACGACAAUUAGCGAAAAUGCCGGGAGGUGAAACAACUAUGAAACUUUUAAUGAAUACUACAGAAAGAGAUGUUACUUCACAUCCAACUGAUCCAGUAGAAAUGCGAAGACUAAAUUAUCAAACACCUGGAAUGAUUAAUCAUCCACCCAUUCCUAUUACUGAGUUAUCAAAUCAUAUUGAGAGGUUAAAAGCUAAUGAUAAUAUGAAAUUUUCACAAGAAUAUGAGUCUAUUGAACCUGGUCAACAGUUUACAUGGGAAAAUUCAAAUUUUGAAGUCAAUAAACCCAAGAAUCGUUAUGCUAAUGUUAUUGCCUAUGAUCAUAGUAGAGUAGUAUUACAACCAUUAGAUAAUGUUCAAGGUUCUGAUUAUUUAAAUGCUAAUUAUUGUGAUGGAUAUAGAAAACAAAAUGCUUAUAUUGCUACUCAAGGUCCUUUGCCAGAAACUUUUGGAGAUUUUUGGAGAAUGGUUUGGGAACAACAUAGUGCAACAAUUGUUAUGAUGACAAAGUUAGAAGAAAGAACAAGGAUAAAGUGUGAUCAGUAUUGGCCAACACGUGGAACUGAAACAUAUGGAGUUAUUCAAGUCACCCACAUUGACAUUCAGGAAGUUGCUACAUAUUGUAUUCGAACGUUUCAUUUACAAAGGAUAGGCUACCCAACUGAGAAAAGAGAAGUUCGCCAGUUUCAGUUUACGGCGUGGCCUGAUCAUGGUGUUCCAGAUCAUCCAACACCAUUUUUAAUGUUUUUACGAAGAGUAAGAGUAAUGAAUCCAGCUGAUGCUGGGCCAAUGGUUGUACAUUGUAGUGCUGGAGUUGGAAGAACAGGCUGUUUCAUUGUCAUUGAUUCAAUGCUAGAAAGGUUAAAACAUGAAAAUACUGUAGAUAUAUAUGGACAUGUAACAUGUUUAAGAGCACAACGUAAUUAUAUGGUUCAGACUGAAGAUCAAUAUAUUUUUAUUCAUGAUGCUGUACUUGAAGCUGUGAUAGCAGGAAAUACAGAAAUUCCUGCAGGAAAUUUAUAUGGACAUAUACAACAUUUAUUACAGAUUAUUCCAGGUGAUACAUGUACAGGAAUGGAAACAGAAUUUAAGAAAUUAGCAUCCAUGAAAAGUCAACCUAAUAAAUUUGUAAGUGCCAAUUUACCUGUUAACAAAUUUAAAAACAGACUGAUGAAUAUAUUGCCAUGUAAGUAUUGAUUAGUAAAUAAUAAUUAUUAAUUUUUAAAUAAAAUUAUAUUAUUCUAUAUUAUUUUAUUGUUCUAUAUAGAUUAGCAUCUAAAUAAGAA